AUCCAAAGCAUGUGAGAUCUUCUACCUGUAAGAAGAAGUGUCCCAUAUAAUCAUCAUUUGCCGAUUUUAUUCGAUACGUUCUUCAUUCCCUGAAACGAUUCGUGUAAAGGUUUUGACUUAUCUCACUUAGUGAAACUUUUUGAAUCAUGGCCUCUCGAAUUGCUAAAGACGUGACCGAAUUGAUUGGGAACACUCCAUUGGUGUAUCUGAACAAUGUGGCUGAAGGAUGUGUUGGUCGUGUUGCUGCUAAGCUCGAGAUGAUGGAACCUUGCUCGAGCGUCAAAGACAGGAUUGGUUUUAGCAUGAUUUCUGAUGCAGAGAAAAAGGGUCUUAUCAAACCAGGAGAGAGUGUGCUGAUUGAGCCAACAAGUGGAAACACCGGAGUUGGUUUAGCAUUCACAGCAGCUGCCAAGGGCUACAAGCUUAUUAUUACGAUGCCUGCUUCAAUGAGUGUAGAGAGAAGAAUCAUUCUCUUAGCUUUUGGAGUGCAGUUGGUUUUAACUGACCCUGCUAAGGGCAUGAAAGGAGCUAUCGCAAAGGCGGAAGAGAUUUUGGCAAAAACACCAAAUGGUUACAUGCUCCAACAGUUUGAGAACCCUGCCAAUCCAAAGAUCCACUAUGAGACUACUGGACCUGAGAUAUGGAAAGGCACUGAUGGGAAAAUCGAUGGCUUUGUCUCUGGUAUUGGUACUGGUGGUACCAUAACAGGUGCAGGGAAGUAUCUUAAGGAACAAAACCCGAACGUAAAGCUGUAUGGAGUGGAGCCAGUUGAAAGUGCUAUUCUAUCCGGUGGGAAGCCAGGCCCUCACAAGAUUCAAGGGAUAGGUGCUGGUUUCAUACCAGGUGUAUUGGAUGUUGAUCUCAUCGAUGAAGUUGUUCAAGUUUCAAGUGAUGAAUCCAUCGACACGGCAAGGCUUCUUGCUCUUAAAGAAGGUCUUCUUGUGGGGAUUUCAUCUGGUGCUGCAGCCGCCGCAGCAAUCAAACUUGCAAAGAGGCCAGAAAAUGCCGGGAAGCUUUUCGUGGCGGUGUUCCCGAGUUUCGGAGAGAGGUAUCUAUCGACCGUACUAUUCGACGCGACAAGGAAAGAAGCAGAAUCCAUGACCUUCGAGGCUUGAAUUUGUCUCGGCUGAAAAAAUUCAUCCUUUUCUUCUUCUUUAGAGACGCCCAAAUAAUAAGAGAUGUUCAGUUUCUCCUACAGAGAAUCUUCAUCUUCAGUUGCAAAUGUGUCUUUGCUUCCUCUCUGUAAUCUUCUUUUGUGCAAGAAUAAAAAUCAAAACUUUUUGUGAACCCACUUGCUGUUAAUAAAUUUGCUAUAUGACUUUUUGCUCU